CGGAGGGGCCGGGAGCCGCGUCCGGCGGGGCUCCGGCAGCGCGGGGCGGGGGAGGGGCGCGACCCCCGGGCGUCCGCCGGCUCCGGCUCCGCAGCAUCGGCACCGGCCGCCGCAGGUACCAGCUCGGGGCACUGAGCCCCCCGCCCAGCCCCACCCCCCGCGGCGCCCCCCCGGGGCCUGCCCCGCCCCCCAGGCAGGAUGAUGUGCGAAGUGAUGCCCACCAUCAGCGAGGACAGCCGCCGGGGCUCGGCCUACGGGCCCGAGGACGCCAACUUCGAGCAGCUGAUGGUCAACAUGCUGACGGAGCGGGAGCGGCUGCUGGAGACGCUGCGGGACACGCAGGACAGCCUGGGCACGGCCCAGCUGCGGCUCCGCGAGCUGGCCCACGAGAAGGAGUCGCUGCAGAGACAGCUGAGCAUCGCCUUGCCCCAGGAGUUCGCGGCGCUGACCAAGGAGCUGAACGCCUGCCGGGAGCAGCUGCUGGAGCGGGAGGAGGAGAUUUCAGAGCUGAAAGCCGAGCGCAAUAACACGCGGCUGCUGCUGGAGCACCUGGAGUGCCUGGUGUCGCGGCACGAGCGGUCGCUCCGCAUGACCGUGGUGAAGCGCCAGGCCCAGUCCCCGGCCGGCGUCUCCAGCGAGGUCGAGGUGCUGAAGGCUCUGAAGUCCCUCUUCGAGCACCACAAGGCGCUGGAUGAGAAGGUCCGGGAGCGGCUGCGGGUGGCCCUGGAGCGGGUCGCGGUGCUGGAGGAGGAGCUGGAAAUGUCCAACCAAGAGUCCCUGUCCUUGCGGGAGCAGCUCGCCCGGCGUCGGUCUGGCCUCCAGGACGUGCCGAAGGAGGGGGACGCCCCGACCUGUGCGGUGGUGGCAGCGGCCAACGGGGCGGGGCCCCCCGAGGGGUGGGCGGGGCGGGCGCCGGAGCCGGAGGAGCUGCUCGAGCGCCAGCGGGAGGAGCUGGCCCAGCUGCGGGAGCGGCUCCGGCUCCUCUGCCGGCAGCUGGCGGAGCUGGAGGAGGAGCUGGCGGCCGCCCGGCGCGACCUGGCCAAGGCCCAGGAGGGCAACGCCAAGCUGCAGCGGGACCUCAAGGAGGCGCUGGCGCAGCGGGAGGACAUGGAGGAGCGGAUCACCACGCUGGAGAAACGGUACCUGAGUGCCCAGCGCGAAGCCACGUCCCUGCACGACGCCAACGACAAGCUGGAGAGCGAGCUGGCCUGCAAGGAGUCGCUGUACCGCCAGAGCGAGGAGAAGGGGCGCCAGCUGCAGGAGUGGCUGGAGGACGCCAAGGCGAAGCUCCAGCAAACGCUGCAACGGGCCGAGACGCUGCCCGAGAUCGAAGCCCAGCUGGCCCAGCGCGUGGCCGCCCUCAGCAAGGCCGAGGAGCGCCACGGGAAUUUCGAGGAGCGCCUGCGCCAGCUGGAGGCGCAGCUGGAGGAGAAGAACCAGGAGCUGCAGCGGGCCCGGCAGCGGGAGAAGAUGAACGACGAACACAACAAGCGGCUCUCGGAGACGGUCGACAAGCUGCUGUCGGAGUCCAAUGAGCGGCUGCAGCUGCACCUCAAGGAGCGAAUGGGGGCCCUGGAGGAGAAGAACACGCUGAGCGAGGAAAUCGCGGACAUGAAGAAGCUGCAGGACGAGCUGCUCUCGAACAAGGAUCAGCUGCUGGCCGAGAUGGAACGGAUGCAGAUGGAAAUCGACCAGCUGCGGGGCCGACCCGUCUCCUCCUACUCCAGGUCGCUGCCGGGCAGUGCCCUGGAGCUGCGCUAUUCCCAGGCCCCCGCCCUGCCCGCGGACCCCUACGCCGGCGCCCCCCGCAGGCACAAGAAGGGGCGCUGGGCCGUCAAGGAUGAAGCCACUAAGGCCACCCAGGAGUGGGAGCGGGCACAGCAGGCGGGGGGGCUGGCCCAGCCUUUCGAGGGGGGGCUGGAUGGGUCGGACGAGGAGGAGCGCGACCCCCUCUUCGGCUCAGCCGACCUGCUCUCGCCCAGCGGGCAGACGGACGUGCAGACACUGGCCAUAAUGCUGCAGGAGCAGCUCGAGGCCAUCAACAAGGAGAUCAAGCUGAUCCAGGAGGAGAAGGAGUGCACGGAGCUGCGGGCCGAGGAGAUCGAGAGCCGGGUCAGCGGCUCGGCGCUGGACGGGUCCCUGGGCCGGUACCGGGCUGGCGCCUCCAUCCCCCCGUCCGUCACCAGCUCCACCCUGGCCAGCCCCUCGCCCCCCAGCAGCGGGCACUCCACCCCCCGCCUGACGCCCCACAGCCCUGCCCGCGAGGGGGACAGGAUGAACCACGUGCCCAAAGAGGAGGGGCGUGGGGCGGAGGAGAAGGCCCUGGUGCCCUGUGAGGCGCUGCCCCCCGCCACCCCCCGCACGGCCCGGCUGGAGCGGGUGAGCCAGGCCCUGGCUCUGCAGGCCGGAGCCCUGGAGGACGGCCGGGACCUGAGGGCAGGGCUGCUUCCCGAUGGGGCCAACAGCAGCCAGGACUCACUGCACAAAUCCACCAAGAAGAAAAGCAUCAAGUCGUCCAUCGGGCGCCUCUUUGGGAAGAAGGAGAAGGGGCGGCUGGGCCCCCCAGGCCGCGACUCACCCUCCCUGCCCGGGACCCCGUCGGACGAGACGUCCCCUGCGGACCCCCUGGGUCUCUCCAAGCUGGCUGGGCCGGUGGACAAGGACCGACGGAAUAAGAAGAAGCACGAGCUGCUGGAGGAGGCCUGUCGCCAGGGCCUUCCCUUCGCCGCCUGGGACGGACCCACCGUCGUGUCCUGGCUGGAGCUGUGGGUGGGGAUGCCGGCCUGGUACGUGGCCGCCUGCCGGGCCAAUGUGAAGAGCGGGGCCAUCAUGGCCAACCUGUCGGACACGGAGAUCCAGCGGGAGAUCGGCAUCAGCAACCCGCUGCACCGGCUCAAGCUACGCCUGGCCAUCCAGGAGAUGGUGUCGCUCACCAGCCCCUCGGCGCCCGCCAGCACCCGCACG